CCUUCCUAUGUCCUUUCUGGGGGGCCCCUCCCUCCGCCUUCUCUCUCCCUCCCACAGUGGCGGGAGAACGAUUCGAAGGGUCCCGAGGAGGUUAUGUGGGUCUGGGGCAGUAAUUUCAGGUCCUCGGGUACCUCGAAGGGAGUGGCAUGUUUCUAACCGGAUUGAGGAGCCAGAAAGAGUUGAACUCCACCUGUCAAUUUUGCAAGAAGGAAUUCUGAGCUCUCCCACGUGCAACCUCUUGCCCGUCCCCACCGCCCCAUCUUUGCAAGCACAAAGUCCGAGGUCUGGGUGUGUAUUCGAAGGCGUACUCUGCCCCGCCCUGAGCCCGUGGCUUGGAAAGAAAAAACCUUAAGACUAGAAGCGCGCAUGCACAGGUGUGCCAUACACAUGCAAGGACAUACACGCCCCCAAAGCACCCGGCUCCCAGGCUUUCCAAAAGGCCGUGUCCACUUCCCAGCUGAGUGCAGGCCGCGCUGCUGAGCUGGGGCAUGGUGUGAUGAGGCGGAUGGCUCCUCCGCGGUUUCUCAGCCUUGGGGCUCACGUGCCGCACAAGCAAGAUGUUCGAGGUCCUUCAGUCCUAUUGUGAGUGAGGGGUUCGGACAGGGCUGGCAGGUCCCAAGUUCCACCUGUGUUAAGAUGAUCAGAUACAGGAACACCCAUUGCCUUGCUCCAUGGACAGUUCCAUAAAGACAGUGCCAAAACCUGUGUACAAAAGCAACAAGGAGGAAGGAUACUACCAAGUGAUGCAAACAGAAAUUCCACCAGCCUCCAGACGACAUCGUGUGUCAUACCUUGCCAAGCUCUGUGAGCUUUCGCUUCGGACUGCCUCGGUCACUUCCAGGCGAGUAAGCUCAAGGCUUGGCUCUCCAGCAGGAAGACCAUGACUGACGGCGAGUUUGGAUAUAUUCACAUGCUGGCCCAGGACUAUCUGAGGUACGUGCUGCAGAUACCACAGCCUGGAUCUGGUUCAAGCAAAACAUCCAGAGUGUUACAAGACGUGGCUUUCUCAGUCCAAAAUGAAGUUGAAAAGAAUUUGAAACCAUGCUUGGAUAAUUUUGAUGUCGUGUCCAUAGACACUGCCAGGACAAUAUUCAAUCAAGUGAUGGAAAAGGAAUUUGAAGAUGGCAUCAUUAACUGGGGAAGGAUUGUGACCAUCUUUGCAUUUGAAGGUAUUCUCAUCAAGAAACUUCUUCGAGAACGAAUUGCCCCAGAUGUGGACACUUACAAGAUUUCUUACUUUGUUGCGGAGUUCAUAACGAAAAACACAGGCGAAUGGAUAAGGCAAAACGGAGGCUGGGAAAAUGGCUUUGUAAAGAAAUUCGAACCCAAAUCUGGCUGGCUGACUUUUCUGGAAGUUACAGGAAAGAUCUGUGAAAUACUAUGUCUCCUGAAGCAAUUCUAUUGACGUAACAGGACAUUCCACAUUGUGAAACCUGCCUAAUUUUCGUGCCUCUUGUAAUAAGUACUGCCAACACUUACAUCUACUUCUAAACAAAGAAUGCUUGACGUUCCAGAGUUAUGGAAAUUUUGCCCCCUUUUUAAUGAAUAAAUUGUGUGUAUUUGUCUCUA